GCCCUGAACUAUCAAGAUGGCGCGCGGACCGAAGAAACAUUUGAAGCGUUUGAAUGCUCCCCGAGGAUGGAUGUUGGACAAAACCGGUGGCACCUUUGCCCCGCGUCCAUCCACCGGCCCACACAAGUUGCGCGAAUCGCUGCCGCUGGUGAUCUUCCUGCGUAACCGCCUGAAGUACGCGCUCACCAACACCGAGGUGACGAAGAUCGUGAUGCAGCGUCACAUCAAGAUCGACGGCAAGGUUCGCACCGAUCCCAACUACCCGGCCGGAUUCAUGGAUGUCAUCAACAUCGAGAAAACCGGUGAAAACUUCCGUCUGAUCUACGACGUUAAGGGUCGCUUCACGGUGCAUCGCAUUACGCCCGAGGAGGCCAAGUACAAGCUGCUGAAGGUGAAGCGCGUCCAGAUCGGCCCGAAGAAGGUACCGUUCCUGCUGACGCACGAUGGUCGCACGAUCCGCUACCCGGACCCGGCCAUCCACCAGCACGAUUCGAUUCAGUACGACAUUGCCACCGGCAAGGUGAUGGAGGUGCUGAAGUUUGAACCCGGUAACCUGUGCAUGAUCACCGGCGGAAGGAAUUUGGGUCGUUGCGGUACGGUGAUCCUGCGCGAAAAGCACCCGGGAUCGUUCGAGAUUGUGCACGUGAAGGACACGACCGGCCAUGUGUUUGCGACGCGGCUCUCGAACGUGUUCAUCAUUGGCAAGGGCACGAAGGCAUUCAUCUCGCUGCCGAAGGGCAAGGGUGUGAAGCUGAGUAUUUCGGAGGAGCGCGACCGUCGACUGGCCAACAAGGCUGCCCACUAAAAAGCGGAGGCUGCCAGAAGGAGUGAUUGAGUUCACUCGACGACGACCAUUAAUUCGUAGGGGCGGAAAAUGCUGCAGCGGCCUCUCAGGUGUUUGCUGGCGAGCCGAUGGUGUCGUCGGUGAAUAAGAAACAACAAUUCCGUGUUGGUUUGUGUGGAAAUGGAGAAAGUGACUUCCGUUUGAAAUGGUCUAGAUCUAUUUCAAACGGCGGUGGGAAAUAAAAUCUAGAACAUACAAAAAGGC